CGCUCUGGUUUGUGGAAAAGUCCUGCGGAUGAUCGGAAGAGCUGCCCAGCGUGCGAGCAGUAUACAUGCGAGAAAGCGAGACUCUACAAACGGGAGCAAUGGAGGCUGGGCUGGAGUAUACCCGAAACAAAACGGGGGCCCUGGCAGUCAGGGUAUGUAGGCUGGCCGCCCACAGCACUGGCAGCUAUGGGAUGGUGCGAGUGGCUCCAUUGCUGCAACAUGGCGGGCAGCCAGCAGUCGGCCUGGACGGUCAGGACAUGGCCACUUGGGAGCCCACGCAGGGCUUCCGGAGCCUGAUGGAGGGUGGCCGGGCUCGAGCAGAGGUCGACCAGACGGCAGCCUGCCGCCUCUGGCUGAUUUGGCGGUACUGGCUGACCGGGUUCAGGCUACAUGUAGGAGGGCGGUCGUUGUGGCGUUGUGAGAUGUGGUGUGUCUGGCUGCCCAAGGGCCAGAGCCAGAGAACACGGGAGGGGCCUAGAUGCUGUCGCCCACCACAGCAGCCUUGUCAGAGUGCGGACCCUGGUUAGCGGCGGCAGUUGGAAGCAAGGAGGCGAUGCGCGGAGGAUUGGUGCUGAUGGCCGCACGGGCAGGACGAUUGAGUUGGCCGAGACGAUUGUUGC